UUUGUGGAGCUAAUGUGGCUGUAAUUAGGGAAUUUAAUCUCAGACGGCACUACGAGACCAAACAUCAGGAUAAGCUGAAAAACCUGAACGCAGAGCAGAAGCUAGAUUCAGAGUUUGCCGACAUUCCUUAUCAUACAGAGGUGCGUUGGCUGAGUCGGGGAGAAGUUCUCGAUAGAGUUUUUAAGCUCAACAGGGAAAUCUGUCAGUUCAUGGACAGUAAAGGAAAAGACUGCACAGUUUUGCGGGAUGAAAAGUGGAAAUUGUGAAAACUUCGUUCAAUCUUACAAAAAAGAGCUUAGCAAAUUGCUUCAAAAGUCCCAGGAGGAAAAGGACAUUUGUUGGGAACUGGACCUCUGUGUAAGGAAACAGACUGUACGAAUGCUUGGACGGGUUGUAUGUACUUUGGGACCAGCGUACUGGUGUAAGAGCCUACUUACAGCCACCAAGUGUACUGCUGUUGAUUACUGUAAGAGACGCCGCUGGAAACAGGGCUAAUUUCAUAUCACUGGUGGAAGGCAACAGAAAUUGAAUACUUAAAAAAAUGCAAAGGCUCUUCCUUUAGUACCAGUUAAAUGAUGAUUCUGCUUGUGUGUUUGCAUGUUUCCUUUAAGCAAUUUUGUGUUGCUGUAGCUUGUGCAUUCAAUGCAAUCUCUUUUAUUGUGAGAUGUUACAGAGACGAGAUUAUUGGUAAUCCUUUACUUCCAUCGAAUCAACAUUGCCAGAUGCCAUAUACGCAGAGUUUCAAUGACAAAUAUUGAUUGGGGUUUUGAUUUCAUCAACUGUAAAAAUUCAGCAGACUAAAGUGCUUUAAGAUCAUGUUCUGUUUCUUAAAUAAGCUUUUAGAGUUGUGGUUCAUUCUCGUACCCUUCAAUAUCUGGCUGCUGAACCUGCCUCAAGUAGUCAGUCAUACAAGGCUCAACACUUCCCUGCUGUAGAAGGCAUCAUAAACAAAUCAACUUGAGAACACAGCCUUUCCUACCCAAACAAAACAUGACACCACAGCAGAUAUAUCAACACAGCCCUGUGGUCAGCCCUUCCAUCAUUUGAGGUUCCUAUAUGCAAACAUUUUCCUCAAAGUGGAGUCCAGUGACCCAGAGGGACAAAAUUGGUACUCUGGAAGAUCACAAUGGUAAUCCAUGUGUGGAGCCAAAACAGAUGGAGGAAAUCUUAAAUGCAUUUUUUGCAUCUGUACUUACUCAGGGGAUGAAUACAGAGGCAAAGCAACAUCA